AUGCCGAAAAGCGGUAUUGUCAGUGCCACUGCUCCCAAGCUCAAGUCCCUUCCACUAUAUCAUCAUCACACUCACAAUAUACGUAUCAAUUUCAAGUUCCACAUACAGAUCGCAGGCAAUGAUUUACCAUCCCUUACCGAUUCUGCAGUCUGCAGUCUGCUGCCGUCCCUACAUCACUCCUUUCAAACUCUCCAUAUUCACCUGACUGUAUCCUCCCAUUUCUCAUGCAUUCGGUAUGGUGCUCUUACCAUCGAAACCUUUGACAUAACUGGGUUUGCUGCUAUCAUCAUCAACCGGUUCUGA